AUGGCAAUGACACUGGCUCGAAAAAUUUUAGGCCCGAGGCCAAAUAUUGAUAUUGUCAGGGAAUUAUCUAAACACAAAUGGGCACUUAAAGGUCAAGUAGAGAUCACUGCUAUGUCCAAAAUGGCAUUGUCAUUGACUUUCUCUUGCAAGGAAGAUAUGUCAAGAGUGCUCUGUGAUGGCCCUUGGUUGAUCGAUAAAUCAAUGCUAGCUUUGCAAAAAUGGUCACCUAAGAUGGACCUAAAUGAAUCCUUCUUUGUUCAGGCUCCAGUCUGGGUUAGACUACUAGGCCUUCCCUUAGAGUUCUGGGUGGAAGAUGUGUUUAAAGGAAUUGCUAUCUCUUUUGGUGAACUCCUUUCUAUGGACCCUAUCGCAAUGGCUAGAAGAAGACUUACCUUUGCCAUGAUCUAUGUGGGAGUUAUGCAAGGCACAGAUAUGCCCCUAUCCAUUGAGAUCAAUUCUAGAUUGAAGAAAAUGGAACCAACCUUUGAGAUAUGA